AACUGUUUGGCGCAUGCGCAGUAGCGACCAGAUUAAGUGGGCUGCGGUCUCGGUGUAUAGCAACAGAAAAGCCCAUCAUCUCCUACAACGGCACGGCUUGUGUGAGGGACUUUGUCGCCCUUGAGUCUUGUGGUCCAGCCCAGACUUGUUCGAAGCGGUUUACGCCAACACACACGCAGUGAGCAGGAGGAUGGCGGUGAAUGUCUAUUCCACUUCUAUGACUAACGAGAACCUGAGUCGCCAUGACAUGUUGGCGUGGGUCAACGACUCGUUACAGCUCACCUACACAAAGAUUGAGCAACUUUGUUCAGGUGCUGCAUACUGCCAGUUCAUGGACAUGCUAUUUCCAGGGUGCAUUUUGUUGAAGAAAGUCAAAUUUAAUGCCAAACUGGAACAUGAGUACAUCCACAAUUUCAAGGUCUUGCAGGCUUCAUUUAAGAGGAUGUCUGUGGACAAGAUCAUUCCCGUGGAGAGGCUGGUCAAAGGGAAGUUCCAGGACAACUUUGAGUUCCUUCAGUGGUUUAAGAAGUUUUUUGACGCCAACUACGAUGGCAAAGAAUACGAUCCUCUACUUUUACGACAGAGCCUGGAGGGAACGCCGCCGCCGCCCAAUUCUGGUCCCAUCAGAACAUCUCCCACAGGACCUAAGAGUGUCCCCCCUCCUCAAAGGCAGAUCAAUGCGCCAGCAGCCCGUCGUAACCCCACCAUGACCCGCAAUGGAGGGGACUCAGAGCUCAUGGAGCUUAACCAGCAGCUGAUGGAAAUGAAGCUAACCUUGGACGGACUCGAAAAGGAGAGGGACUUCUACUUCGGAAAGCUGAGAGACAUUGAACUCAUCUGCCAGGAAAGAGAAACUGAAAGCAACCCGGUCCUGAACAAGAUCUUGGACAUACUGUAUGCUACGGAGGAGGGCUUUGCACCACCAGAGGAUGACGAGGUUGAUGAAGGAGCACAGGGGGAUCAGGACGAGUUCUGAGCUCCUCCCCUUGCCUGUAACUAAUUUAACCGUCAUCACCAUAACCACAUCAAGUGUGUAUUUUACACCCUUCCCCAUCAUUUUUCAUUCAUUUUUUGAUACGAGGUCCCCUCCCGCUCCCCUAUUACUCUUCCCUGUCAUUUUGAUUACAGCUCUUUUAUUAUCAUGUCACGUUAAAAGUGUAGCGUGCAAAAAAAACAAAAAACAAAACGUUAAACCAGCCAACAAGACCGUUUGUACUACAUUUGGUGGCAGCUGUGUUUUUUCAGAGUAAUGAGAUUACACCACUGACAGCCCGGAGCCAACAGUGUUGUCUGAAGACGCAGGUUGCUUUCUUUCCACCGUGCAUUUUCAUUGGCGUCAUCACUGCAGAGCGUAAACGCUCUCUGUGCAAACGUUGCUAGGAUGCUCAUCAUUUCGCAAGGUGAGAUUACACAGUAAGCCAGGCUCUGCAUAGCGGAACGCGAACGGCGAGCCUGCAGACAUAUCCAAGACCUGCUUACUUGUACAGGUUGUCAUGUCAAGUUAAAAAAAAAAUCUACAGCUUCUUUAUGAAACAUGAUGUAUUUAUGACUUUAUUUAUUUUUCUUUUUUAUAAAUCAGCUUAAUCACUUUCAUGGGGGGAAAAAAGUGGUUGGAUGGAAAGUCUUGCACUAAAUGUAGCGAAAGAAACCCUGUCAUGUGAUCCUAAAUGCCAACCAGCAGUGAUUGGCUGCAGCCACAAACAUAGGAAAAGAUGCAAUUUUAUAUUACUUUUUGUUGUUUUUAAUCUGCAUUGAUUACCUUUAAAAAAAAGGCCAAGUCAGAGUUGUCAUGGAUUUAUUUAAUAGACAAAUAUCAACUUUUUAUUUCAUUCAUGAAGACAAAACAUACAACGAGUGAAAGAAACUAAAUUACUAAUGUUUGACUGUAGCGAUUUUUAGCUGCUAUUUGUUUUGUUAUUUAAUUUGACUUUUUCCAUGUACUGCAUAUACAUAGCACUAAAAUGCCACAUUGUGGUGUGUUGACACUGACAGCCUGGCAGAGUGGUCCAAAUUAGUUGGACCUUCUUUUGGACUUACUGCUGGAAUGAAAUAAAGCUCUGAGGUUCAAGAAACGCA